AUGGAAUAUACUACUACAAAGAGGGAAGCUUACAAAGGCGGAAUCGGUGAAAGAUUUCCCGUGACUAGACUGAAACACCAGCUUGGCAGAAGUACAGGUCCAAUGGAGAGUAUGACCAUGAACAGAGAAGCUUUUAAAGAAGGAAACGGAGAAAGAAUGCUUAUGAGGCGACCCAAGGAUCAGAUUGAAAAACAUAUGGGUGCGAUGGAAGGUGUCACCGUUAACAGAGAGGCCUAUAAUGGAGGAUUUGGAGAAAGAUUUGCUUUAACUCGGCCAAAGGAUCAGCUUGACAGGAAUACUGGUCUGAUGGAAAGCAUUACUAUCAACAGAGAAGUUUAUAAGGCAGGAAAAGGCGAGCGAUUCGCGACGGCACGACCGAAAGAUCAAUUUGAAAGAAACAUUGCUGCACUGGAGAAUAUGACUACGAACAGGGAAACUUACAAGGGAGGAAUCGGAGAAAGAUUUAUUAUGACCCGACCAAAGGACCAACUCAAUCGGAAUGCGGACGCAAUGGAUAAAAUCACCGUGAACAGCACUACUUACAAAGGAGAAAACGGAGAGAGAUUCGCUUUGAGCAAACCGAAAGAUCAGUGGGACAGAUACGCUGGUCCAUUUGAAAGCCGCACCAUUAACAGAGAAGCAUAUACGGGAGGAAACACAGAAAAAUUCAUUAUGAAGCGACCUAAGGACCAGCUUCCAAAAUACACUGACCCAUUGCUGUCUACCACAACGAACAGGGAGGCUUACAAAGGUGGCAGUGGAGACAGAUUUGCGUUGGUUAGGCCACAGGAUCAGCUUUGUAGGUAG